AUGAUCUGGCACCAAAUUCAGUCUGCCAUGAGAGAGAAGAGAGAUCAGUCUGCCAUGAGAGAGAAGAGAGAUCAGUCUGCCAUGAGAGAGAAGAGAGAUCAGUCUGCCAUGAGAGAGAAGAGAGAUCAGUCUGCCAUGAGAGAGAAGAGAGAUCAGUCUGCCAUGUGAGAGAAGAGAGAUAUUCACGCCAUAUCCCUUGACCUCGCCAAUGCAUUUGGCUCAGUUCCACACAAUCUCCUCUGGGCAGCGUUUGAUUUCGUCAAGGUUCCAGAGUCCAUCACAACCCUUGUCAAGGCAUACUUCCAAGACCUGAGACUCUUCAGCAUUCACCACCACAUGUCAGUGCCUGGAAAUUGGCAGAGUGGCAGGUUGCACCCUCUCUCCACUGGCUUUCACCACAGCUAUGGAGUUGAUAAUCAAAACAUCGAAGUGGGUAGAGUGAGCGAUUUGAAGUACGGAGUGCGUCUACCACACAUCUGGGCAUACAUAGAUGACAUGACAACCACGACCACAACUGCAGCAUGCACCAGGCGCCUGCUGGGAAUGCUGGGAAAACUUCAAGAUAACAUCAAGUGGGCCAGAAUGAAGAUAGAACCAUGCAAGUCAAGAAGCAUGUCCAUCACCAAAGGUAAACUGUCUGACAAAAGGUUUCUUCAUCGAUGAUGAGCCAAUACCAACAGAGCAGCCCAUCAAAACUCUUGGAAGUAUGGUAUGAUGCAAGCCGCAAGGACACAGACCAAGCCCAGGAGAAGAUGGUAUGAUGCAAGCCUCAAGGACACAGACCAAGCCCAGGUGUAGAUGGUAUGAUGCAAGCCGCAAGGACACAGACCAAGCCCAGGAGAAGAUGGUAUGAUGCAAGCCUCAAGGACACAGACCAAGCCCAGGUAUAGAUGGUAUGAUGCAAGCCGCAAGGACACAGACCAAGCCCAGGUGAAGAUGGUAUGAUGCAAGCCGCAAGGACACAGACCAAGCCCAGUUGAAGAUGGUAUGAUGCAAACCUCAAAGACACAGACCAAGCCCAGGUGCUAAGGCAGGAGACCAUCAGAGGCCUCAAGAGCAUUGACAGGUCCAUGCAUCCUGCCAAGCUGAAGCAUUUAAAAGCAAGUGAACAACCAUCAAUGCCUUGCCUCCCAGAACAUCUGACCCUACGCAACAAAAAGCAUUUGUCCACAGAGGAGAGCAAACACAGAGAAAUCUCUUUCCAAGGACAGAUGCUGGACAGCUGAAUGCGGCCCUAGACUGGAAAAUGCUGGCGGAUGUGGGCCAAUGCCUCACAGUUCCAUCUGAGAUACAACAGCUGCUAUCAACCUAAGACCAGACCUGGUACUGUGGUCUACUGUGGUCCAACUCUCUGCGCACUCUCUACUUCGUGGAGUUAACAGUGCCUUGGGAGGAUAAGGUGGACGAGACAACAGAAGAGGAAGAGGCUGAGCUUGCAGCGGAUACAGAGCAGGGAGGCUGGAAAGCAAGAGUUUGCCCAGUGGAGGUUGGGUGUUGUGUAUUUGUGGCAACAUCUACUACCAGGUUGCUGAAGGACCUUGGGAUCCACUGCCAAGCCUUAUGUCAAACCAUCAAUGCAACUUCAGAGGCUGCUGAAAGGGGUAGCCAGUGGCUCUGGCUGAAGAGAAAAUAA